CUAGAGUGGAGACCUCAAGCCGUCCAGCAGUAUCUCAAACAGACUAAUCGCUUUCUAGAGCUGCUCUGUCUAGCUAUCUAUAUUACUGGCGGCCAGCCAGCUCGUGGGCCAGAGCUACUCUCCGUCCACUGGCGUAAUGGGACACUACAAGACUGCAAUCUCUACGUUAUAGACGGCCAAGUCGCAGUAGUUACUCGCUAUCAUAAGCUACAGUCACAGUGGGAUAGACCUAGAGUAGUCCCGCGAUUUCUACCUGAGGUAGUAGGCCAGUUAGUU